CAACCCGUUUCGCACUAAAAAACCCCGCCCCACUUGUCCUCCUCUUUCCCUCUCCAUCAACCCCUAAAACCCUAAUCCCCACUCUCUCUCUCUCUCUCUCUCUCUCUCGUUGCAAUCGUCUCCAACCGAAUGGCCAAAGCAACGAAAAUGCUUCCUCACGUGAACGAAGACCACGAGAAGGAGCCAGAGCCCGAACCAGAACAGGAACCCGAACCAGUACCGGAACACGAACAGGAAGAAGAAGAAGACCAGACCUUCGAAGAGCUCGGACUGGACCCUCGAUUGAUCCGUGCCCUAACCAAGAAAUCCAUCGACAAUCCCACCCCCAUCCAGCGCGUCGCAAUACCACUCAUCCUGGAAGGCAAGGACGUGGUUGCUAGGGCAAAGACCGGUUCAGGGAAGACCUUUGCUUACGUCCUCCCGUUGCUUCACAAGCUCUUCUCCGAUUCCGGUUCGAAGAAUAGGCUCGCUCCCGCAGCAUUCGUUCUCGUCCCAACCCGAGAAUUGUCUCAACAGGUUUAUUCAGAGAUACAGUCGCUGAUCGAGUUAUGUAGAGUGCAGUUGAAAAUUACUCAGUUGACGAGCGCUAUGUUCGAUGCUGACUUGAAAACAGCUUUGGCAGGACCGCCUGAUAUUCUGGUUUCAACCCCAGCUUGCCUGCAAUCGUGCUUUUCAAAAGGUGUACUCCUCCCAGCAUCUGUUCAGGAUUCGCUCUCAUUUCUUGUUCUUGAUGAGGCUGAUCUUCUUUUGUCAUAUGGGUAUGAAGACGAUAUAAAAUCUCUUACCGCUCAUAUCCCUAGACGAUGUCAAUGUCUUCUCAUGUCUGCUACGUCAAGUGCUGACGUUGAAAAGCUCAAAAAGCUUAUUCUUCACAAUCCGUUUAUCUUAACUUUGCCGGAGGUUGGAGAUACGAAGGAUGAGAUUAUCCCUAAAAAUGUUCAACAAUUUUGGAUUUCGUGCAGUGCUCGUGAUAAGAUUAUCUACAUCCUUGCCCUCAUGAAGUUGGAGCUCGUCCAGAAAAAAGUGCUCAUAUUUACUAAUACGAUCGACGCGAGUUUUAGACUGAAACUCUUCUUUGAAAAGUUUGGAAUCAAGUCGGCUGUUUUAAAUGCUGAGCUGCCACAGAAUUCUCGUUUACAUAUCCUCGAGCAAUUCAAUGCCGGCCUUUUUGACUAUUUGAUAGCAACGGAUGACAGCCAAUUAAAGGAGAAAGAACAAGCUGAUGGGGAGAGCCGUGUUGAGAGAAAAAGAUCGAGAAAGCAUGCCAGGAAAAAGAUGGACUCUGAAUUUGGAGUAGUGAGAGGAAUUGACUUCAAAAACGUCAACACUGUUAUAAAUUUCGAUAUGCCUCAUAGUGCUGAAGGAUAUGUACAUCGCAUUGGACGUACUGGGAGAGCCUAUAGUACUGGUGCGUCUGUCUCUCUGGUUUCUCCUGAGGAGAUGGAAAUAUUUGAAGAAGUUAAAUCCACUUUGGGUGAAAAUGAAAACAAGGACUCAAACUUUAUCGCCCCAUUUCCUUUACUCACAAAAAAUGCAGUGGAGUCUUUGCGAUAUAGAGCUGAGGAUGUUGCAAGGAGCGUGACAAAAAUUUCUGUGAGAGAAGCACGAGCUCAGGAUCUGAGGAACGAAAUUCUCAAUUCUGAAAAGUUGAAAGCUCAUUUUCAAGUUAAUCCAAAGGAUUUAGAUCUCCUGAAACAUGACAAGGUCCUGAGCAAGAAGCCCCUCUCGACGCACCUACGCGAUGUGCCUGAGUACCUAUUGGAUCCAACCACACAGGAAGCAAGCAAGAUUGUCAAGCUGGCUAGAGCUGCCAUGGGAAACAACUCUGCUUGCCGUAAGGGAUUCAAGGGAAAAUCCAGGAAGGACAAAGACCCUCUAAAAUCUCUCUCUGCUGGGGCUUCAAAGGGAGGAUUUAAAGGCGGGAUGAAAAGGAAGGGAAAGGAGAAGGAUGAUAGCAGCAGAAAUAGAAAGAAACAAUCUGUAUGAUUAAUUUUUUUUGCAUGGUGUCAAGUAUUCAACAGUGUGAUGUAUAAUCAAUCGCAAUUUUGUAGUAGCAAUUUAGAUGUGAUAUCAGCCAAUAUUUUGUAGUGUUCAUUGAGAAAUGCAUGUUCGUUCCUUCGCAAACUGCAGCAAUGGUAGUGAAGUGUUCACCCUCCUA